GUCAGAAUCAGAUAGACAGCGUGCGCUUUUCAACUAUAUCCUCCGUGAUUUUACCGGAAGAAGCAUCAUGCUUCAACCCAUCAUUUCUGAGCUUUCGUCCAUGAGGAUCAUCUUGGCAAGUGGAUCCCCAAGACGCAAGGAUGUCUUAUCCAAAAUUGGGCUGAAAUUUGAAGUAGUGCCGUCCACGUUUGAGGAAAACCUUGACAAGUCUUUGUUCAACUCUGCAAAAGAUUAUGCGAAAGAAACUGCCCUGAAGAAAGCCGAGGAGGUAGCACAGCGAUUACAAGGGGCAAACCAACCUGACCUAAUCAUUGGUGCAGAUACUGUUGUUGUGUUAGGAGAUACAAUCCUUGAGAAGCCCAGAGAUGAUGAGCAUGCCUAUGAGAUGCUGAGUCAGCUGAAUGGGAGUUCCCACUAUGUACACACUGGUGUCGCUCUUCUCACCCCUAAAAGAGGAGACAAAACUUUUGGUAAAGUGCAGUUUCAUGAGACAACGGAGGUAAAGUUAGCUGACCUUUCACCUGAAAUUAUUCGGGCAUAUGUCGCUACCGGAGAAUCACUAGACAAAGCUGGUGGAUAUGGUAUUCAGGAAAUAGGAGGUACAUUAGUCCAAAGUGUUUCUGGAGACUACUUCAACGUUGUAGGUUUUCCACUUCAUAGCUUUUGUAAACAGCUCUUACAAUUACUUGGGAAACGUUAACAGUAAAGUCUAUUGCUUAAGCUGUGUAGUGCCAUUACCAGGCAUGUAUGCUGCAAUUUUGAAAGUUCAAGGGAACUAAGGCAUUUUCUCUUUGGUAAAGGGCACCCUAUGAGGAAACUGUAGAUUUCUACUAGAGCAUUUCAAGGGCACCAAGGUAAUGGCCAGGGAGCUUGGAGGCAAUCGCCUUCGUUGCCUCUGUGAAUCAUCAGGCCUGCAUUAUAUUUAUGGGUGGGGGUGAUAAAGUUUUACAUAAAGAGUGCACAAUAGCCAAGUCUUUUGAUAAAAUACUGGAUUUAUAUAAGUAUGAUCAUUUCCUGUGCAGCUUUAGUUGAGAUAUUAGUAUAAUGUACUUUGUAAAGUUUUGUCCUCCAUACUUGAUAAGAUUUUUAGCUCAUGGAAUAGUUGGAAUGCAAACAACUUUCCUAUAGAAGAUGUGACCUCGGACGUCACUCGAAAACCAUAACAUGAUUCGCGUGCAUACCGCCGGGCAAAACAGAGGGCGGUUUGAAUGUAAACAUAGGUCACAUCGUCUAUAACAAGACUUGUUUUCUUCAUAUGGGAUUCUACAAAAUGUAUAAGGCUGGAUGUAUAAAAAGCAGAUGAUAAACAGGUUAUUACUAAUAAGCCCCAACUUAAAGCUUUGACCAGAAUUUCAGAGAAUUGUUUUUAUAUUGCACAAUUUUGUCUCAUAUUUAUUGAUUUUAUUGAGAGUAUUCUAAUAAAUUAAUUAU